AUUACAACGAGUCUCGGCCUUGAGUGCGACUGAAAAUCAUCCUUAUCUCUGUGUCUCUCCAAUCCACAGACUCUUCCUGAAACAAACUUCAUUUCACCCUCUCUCUCUCUCCCUAAAACUUUCUCGCUCCUCCAUUUCAUGGCGUUAAUACCUCCGCAAACCUUCCCCUCCCCAUCCACUCGCUCCGACCCCUCUUCUCACAGAUUCACCUUCCCGAACCCUAAACUCAACUCUCACUUCAAACGAUCAGCACCCUCAAUUCCCCAGUCUCACUCUAUCUCUAGCUCUCAUUCUCUCUCUAGGGUGUCCGAUUCCACCACCCUCUGUCGCUGCCACAACAACAAGGAUAGCAACCCUGACUCACCUUCUCCCUACGACAACUCCUCCUUGAACAGCCGGUGGGACUCACUCCGAACCCUCUUCAAACGGUUCGAUGAUUACAUGAAUUCUUUUCGCGAUCAGAAGAAAGCGGAGAAAGGUGUUGCGAAGAGUGUGGAUGUUGUGGAGAGAUUGGGUGGGGUGGAGAGUGACGAUGAAGACUGGGAUUGGGAGAGAUGGAGGAAACAUUUUGCCGAGGUAGAUGAGCAGGAGCGCAUUGUUUCUGUUUUGAAGUUACAGUUAGCUUCCGCUGUUAAUAGAGAAGAUUACAACGAUGCUGCUAGGAUUAAGGUGGCGAUUGCAGCUGCAGCUACUAAUGACACUGUUGGGAGAGUGAUGUCUCAUCUGAAUGGAGCUGUAAAGGAACAGCGCUACCAAGAUGCAGCUUUCAUACGGGAUUAUGCUGGGGCGGGGCUGGUGGGUUGGUGGGCUGGAAUUCCGGAUGAUGCUAAUGAUCCUUAUGGUCGCAUUAUCCGAAUAAGUGCAGAGCAUGGAAGAUAUGUAGCAAGAAGUUAUAGUCCCCGGCAGCUUGCUACAGCUACAGCUGGUGCUCCGUUGUUUGAGAUCUUUCUUACAAUUAACAAGAAAGGUGAAUACAAACAGCAGGCAGUGUACUUAAAGCGGAGGGAAGUUUCUCAAGAUUUCCCAAUCGUCUCCCCCAAGUCAUCAGGUCCUACCAGUGGCUUGAGCCCCUUAGGCCCAGCCGAAGACAAAAAUGAUCUACUUGUCACAAGCACGGAAGAUGCAGAAGGUGGUGAGGAAAGGGACGAUGAUGAUGUAGCUGUGGGGUUGUCUGGUUUUGAGAAUAUCUUGCGAGAUAUGAUUCCUGGUGUGAAGGUCAAGGUUUUGAAAGUGACAGCCCCGGGGAAGGUAGAUCGGGAUAUAAUAUCUAAAGUGAUUGAGCAAAUAAUGGAGGAAGAAGAUGAAGAAAAGGAUUUUGAGUUGGAUAAUGUUGAUGCAGAAGAUGAAGUCAAAAGUGACAGCGAUCAAGAGCUAAAUGAGAUUGAAAUGGAUGCCGAUAGUGGAACUAUUGAUGGUGAAGAGCAAAGUGAAAUUGCAGUCAAGGUUGUUCUUGGUAGUGGUCUUGUACAGAAACUUUCCAGCAGUGCGCGUAAUAAAGAUUUACUUCGAGUGCCAGCUAAGCUAGAGAAUAAAGGUCGCUUGUCAUUUUCUUUUUCUAUAGAGAAAGAGGACAGUCGACAGGUUUCUGGUGGCAAGGGGCAAACUUCACCAAACAAAAAAGCCAAGCUUCAAGGUCAAAAUAGCAUAGAGCGUGUUAUGUUUGAUCUCUCAAAGAUCGUUGGCAGGGGAAAGAUACCGAUGAAGGUGCUUAGAGAUGUUGGUGAACUGAUAAGUCUCACCCUCAGCCAGGUUCAAAAUCGUCAACCAUUGUAUGGAUCAACAACAUUUAGUCGCAUUGAGAUUCCAGCAUCUCCUGAUCCUCUAAAUGGCCUAUACAUUGGUGCGCACGGGCUUUACACUUCAGAAGUCAUUCAUUUGAGACGCAAAUUUGGUCAGUGGCAAGAUGAUGGUGGGAUUAAGGGGCCUCCAAAUCUUGAGUUUUAUGAGUAUGUGGAAGCUGUAAAAGUAACUGGGGAUCCUUAUGUGCCAGCUGGCCAGGUAGCAUUCCGUGCAAAGGUUGGGAAAAGAUAUCAGCUUCCUCACAAAGGAAUUAUUCCAGAAGAAUUUGGAGUGAUUGCUCGAUACAAGGGCCAAGGGAGGCUUGCUGAGCCAGGGUUCCAGAAUCCUCGAUGGGUCGAUGGUGAACUUGUUAUUCUGGAUGGAAAGUACAUUAAAGGGGGGCCUGUAGUUGGAUUUGUUUAUUGGGCGCCUGAGUAUCAUUUCUUGGUGUUCUUCAAUCAGCUGAGGCUGCAAGAAUAGAUUGUACUUGUACAUAAAGUUUGAACUUGUUUAUUCUUUUUCCGAUUUUGUAGGUUAGAAAUGUUUGUUGACAUAAAGUCCUCCAUCUAGAGCAGCAGAGAGAAAGCCAAGGGUUUCGCGACACAUGUACAAUGCUCACAAGACUGACUGGUGUACUUGCAGGCAACUAAGCAUUAUGAAGUAAUAAUACUUGAUGAAUGACCACCAAAAUUUUGAGAUGUUAAUUUUGGGUAUUCACUAAAGCUUUGUGAUGUAGUGAAUCUUUGGUGCUUUUCCUGCUCUCUUUGUUGAGGCAAUCUUCCAUCGAUGUAUAUAUAUCCUCUGUAGUACCCUUCCAAUUGCUAGAUUGAAGUUCAUAAGUCAAUUGCAUUGUAUUUGUCA